ACUGACUGCAAAUUUAGUAACAUUACACAGCUGUGUUCCAUUGAAAUCUCUGUUAUAUAUCAGAACUUGCUUCAAUGCUCUAAAACAACACCAAAAUCAUCACAAUGAAGCUCCUCUUUGUUCAUCAUCUCUCUAUCUUCUUAUUAACCCUCUUUAUCUCUCUCCCAUCUUCAUCCAGCUGCACCCCAAAUGACAAAAAUGCCCUCCUUCAAAUCAAGAAAUCCCUGAACAACCCUCCCCUGCUCUCCUCUUGGAACCCUCGAACCGACUGUUGUACCAGCUGGACCGGCGUGGAAUGCUCCGACCACCUCGUCACAUCUCUCACCAUAUCCUCCGGCGAAAUCUCCGGUCAGAUCCCCGUCCAGAUCGGUGACCUCCUUGACCUCCGCACGCUCGAUUUCAGCUACCUGACCCACCUCACUGGAAACAUCCCACGCAGUAUCACCAAGCUCAAGAAUCUUGACCUCCUCCGGUUAAAGCAAACCAAUCUCUCCGGUUCGAUUCCUGAUUACAUCAGCGAGCUCAAGACCCUCACGUUCUUGGACCUUUCCUUUAACCAGUUUACCGGUCCAAUCCCCGGUUCGCUUUCUCAGAUGCCGAAGCUUCAAGCCAUUCAGAUCAACGAUAACAAGCUAACCGGUUCUAUACCAAACUCUUUCGGUUCAUUUGUUGGCAACGUCCCUAAUCUCUACUUGUUUAACAAUAAGCUCUCAGGAAGGGUACCAGAAUCGUUGUCCAAAUACGACUUCAAUGCAGUGGAUCUGUCGGGAAAUGGUUUCAUGGGAGAUGGUUCGAUGUUCUUCGGACGGAACAAAACAACAAUACGAGUGGAUCUGUCGAGGAACCUGUUUCAGUUCGAUCUCUCCAAGGUCAAGUUCGCUAGAAGCAUAGUUUCGUUGGACCUGAGCCAAAACCGAAUCUUCGGCAAGUUUCCACGGGAGUUGAGUAAGCUGCGCCUAGAGCAUUUCAACGUGAGCUACAACCAUCUCUGCGGGAAAAUCCCAAGUGGCGGUCUCCUUCAGACCUUUGAACCAUCUGCUUUCUCUCACAACCUCUGUCUUUGUGGCACACCUCUUAAGGCUUGUUAGAUUUAGUUUGAUGUUGGCGCAGGCAAAAAAUAAUUAUGUUUGAUCUGUGAUGAUUGAAUAUACUGUAUGUUCAUUAUCACCGCCAACCAAGUCUAUUGUUUAAAAUUUAAUUAAUGGUAAGACAAAAGUAAGAAUGUUGUUGAGAUUA